UGACCUCAGUGUACAUAUCCUCGAUAUCUUGAGUGUUUACAUAUCGAUAUCGGUUAUACUCGACUAGCCCCAGAUACUAUAUUGCCCACGGCCAUACGGUAUCUGGAGUUCAGAGUACAAUUGCCUCUAGAGUGGUGGGCCCCGUAUCAACAUAUUUCAGUCCUCCGUCGUCAUCCGAGGAAAUCGCAGGUACAAAAUGCUGUUACUUGGAGUGAGCAGGUGCUGGAAAAGGCUGGCAGUCAGUGGCCCCAUCCAACAGUUGGGACAAGUGCCUCUGACCCUGAGGGCUGCGGCAACACCAUCCAGGUUGUACACCACCCAGAAUUUAUUGUUUGGCGGGAUGACGAGGAAAGAGAAAAUCAUUGUCAGCACAGUCCAGGAUGGACAGAUCGACAACAGACGCGCCUCUUCCGACAGAAGAAGGGCAACCUUUACAGAUAGAAAUCAGUUUAAGUACGCGAGGCGAUUGGUGGUCAAGUUGGGAAGUGCUGUCAUAACCAGAGAGGACGAACAUGGUUUGGCCCUCGGAAGGCUGGCUUCCAUAGUAGAACAGGUCGCAGAGUGCCACGUUGGAGGUCGGGAAUGUAUCAUGGUAACCAGUGGAGCGGUCGCUUUCGGUAAGCAAAAGCUGGCUCAAGAACUUCUCAUGUCUCUCUCCAUGAGGGAAACACUAUCACCAAAGGACCAUACCAGAUCUGAGACCGGUACCUUGCUUGAACCAAGAGCAGCUGCUGCAGUUGGACAGUCCGGACUUAUGUCUCUUUACGAUGCCAUGUUUGCUCAAUACGGUGUAAAAAUAGCUCAGGUGUUGGUAACUAAGCCUGACUUCUACAACGACGAAACCAGGCGCAACUUGAUAAGUACCCUUUCCGAACUGAUUAGCCUCAACAUCGUUCCCAUCAUCAACACCAACGAUGCCGUUACUCCUCCUCCACAAAGUGAUGAAGACUUCCCCAAGGGCAAGGAAGGCAAGAAGAUCAUAGCCCUAAAAGACAAUGACAGCUUGGCGGCCAUGUUAGCAGCAGAAGUUGAGGCAGAUCUACUUAUCCUCAUGUCCGACGUGGACGGAAUCUACACCAAACCCCCGUCUCAAGAAGGAGCCAGGCUGAUACCCACUUUUACACCGGACAUGAUGAAGACUAUUACCUUUGGUAAGAAGAGCAAAGUUGGAACUGGAGGAAUGGAUUCCAAGGUGCAAGCUGCAACGUGGGCCUUAGACAGAGGAGUUAGCGUCGUCAUAUGCAACGGUAUGCAAGAGAAGGCGAUUAAGACCAUCAUGAGUGGAAGGAGGCUUGGAACAUUCUUCACAGACGUGACUCCUCAGUUUUCCGGAGUGGCUGUCGAAACUCUUGCAGAGAAUGCUCGAAUCGGAAGCAGGCAGUUGCAGCGACUCAAGCCGGAAGAACGAGCGGCCUGCAUCAGGACCCUGGCAGAUCUGUUGAUUUCCAGGCAAAACGAAAUCCUCUCGGCCAACGCCAAAGAUCUGCAGGAGGCUGUCAAAGCCAACACACCUCAACCGCUCAUCAAUAGGCUCUCCCUCAGCCCUUCCAAGCUCAAGUCGCUUGCUGCUGGUCUAAACCAGAUAGCUGAGACCAGCUUAACCAACGUCGGCAGGGUCAUUAGGCGUACUCGACUUGCCAACGGGCUCGACUUGACACAGAUCACCGUUCCCAUCGGAGUCCUCCUAGUAAUCUUCGAGUCAAGGCCUGACUGUUUACCUCAGGUCGCUGCCUUAGCCCUGAGUUCAGCGAAUGGACUUCUGCUGAAAGGUGGAAAAGAAGCAUCACACAGCAAUAGAGCACUGAUGGAAGUAGUCAAAGAAGCUUUGGACUCCGUUGGUGUACCCAAUGCCAUAUCUCUAGUAUCAACAAGAGAGGAGAUCUCAGACCUGCUCAGUAUGGAGAAACACAUUGAUCUCAUUAUCCCGAGAGGAUCCAGCGAGCUGGUGAGGAGUAUCCAAGAGCGCAGUCAGCACAUCCCAGUUCUUGGACACGCUGAGGGCAUCUGCCACGUUUACGUUGACAGCGAUGCCGAUCUACAGAAGGCGAUGAAAAUUGUUCGUGACUCCAAAUGUGACUACCCUGCUGCCUGCAAUGCAAUGGAGACCCUUCUUUUACAUGAAGAUCACCUUAACAAUGGUUUCUUCGUGGAAAUCUGCAAUAUGCUUAGGAAAGAAGGCGUUACUAUCUACUCCGGACCCCACCUGGCCGAGAAGUUGACCUUCGGACCACCUCACGCCAAGUCCCUCAAGACAGAAUAUGGAGCUCUCGAGUGCGCUGUAGAGAUUGUCAGAGAUGUCCAAGAGGCAGUGGACCAUAUCGCACAGUAUGGCUCCGGACACACUGAUGUCAUCGUCACCGAAAACGGUGAGUAUUCACAAAUCUACAAAGUUUAA